AUGAGCGCCAUCUAUCGUUUGCAAUGCAAGACUCAGUCCUAUGAUUGGGGCAAGCUGGGUGAUGUCUCCAAAGUCGCUGCUUAUGCAAAAGCUUCUGGUACCACCGUUGAUGACCAGAUGCCUUACGCUGAACUAUGGAUGGGCACGCAUCCCAAUGCUCCUUCUACUGUCAUGGAUGAAAACAACACGCCUCUCAGAGACCUUGUCAAGAACAAUGUAGAUCUCAGUACCAAGGCUGUGUACGACCAAUACAAAGGUGAUUUGCCAUUCUUGUUCAAGAUCCUGUCCAUCCGUAAGGCUUUAUCUAUUCAAGCUCAUCCCGACAAGACCUUGGGUGCUCGUCUUUUCAAGGAAUUCCCUGAUAACUAUAAGGAUCCCAAUCACAAGCCCGAAAUGGCACUCGCCCUUACUCCUUUCGAAGCUCUCUGUGGAUUCCGCCCAUUGAACGAAAUUGCCCAACAUAUGGAAACCUAUCACGAAUUAAAAGAAUUGCUCGGUAACGACGUUUCAGAGGAAUUUUUGGCCACAGUCAAGGCAACUGGUGAAUCAACUUCUGAGAAGGACGUUGCUCACAACAAGCAAGUUCUCAAGAAAGUGUUUAGUGCACUUAUGCGUAGUUCCCAGGAAACCGUUACACACCUUUUGUCCAAACUGAUUGCUCGUCUCAACGAGACCAAGGCCAGUGAUCCCGUCUCUAAAUUGGUCAUUCGUUUAGAUCAACAGUACCCUGGUGGUGAUGUGGGUGUAUUCUCGUGUCUCAUGUUGAACUACAUUGUCAUGGAACCUGGACAAGCCAUCUUCUUGGGUGCUAAUGAGCCCCAUGCUUACUUAUCUGGAGAUUGCGUCGAAUGCAUGGCUACCAGUGAUAAUGUCGUUCGCGCUGGUUUGACACCCAAGUUCAAGGAUGUAGAUGUGUUGGUCAAUAUGCUCACUUAUCGUUAUGGAUCUGCAGAAUCACAAAAGAUGACACCCGUCAAAUUUGGCGAACACUCUCUUCUUUACGAUCCCCCAAUUGACGAAUUUUCUGUUGUUUGGACCAAAUUGGGAGCUGAGGAAACUGAAAAGCAAAAGCCAAUUGAAGGACCUAGUGUUCUCAUUGUCACUUCUGGCAGUGGUAAAUUGACAGGUGAGGCUCUCAAGACUGAAUCCGAUUAUGAACUCAAGGAGGGCUAUGUCUAUUUUGUUGGUGCAAAUACCCCUAUCGUUACUCAAUCUGGAGAUGCUGGACUCCAAUUCUACAGAGCAUUCGGUGUUGUCGCCAAUCAUUAA